AUGGCUGACUUUGCUAAGUCCAUCUUUGGUUUCGGAGGCUUCAAAAACAGAGACCCGUCGCCCCAGCCUGGCCACUCUCGACCACAGGGCCUGCAAGCGCCGCCCUCCUCCCACCACCACCACCAGUCACACCCCCAGGCGCCUCCCUCUGCAUCCUCCCUCUCUGCAUCCUCUCCCGACUACCCGCUCGUCCCAGCAUCCUCCCACGACCAGUACUCACAGCAGUACCCGUUGGCAGAUGACAUCGACAACCAAAACAAGUUCUUCCCCAAGGGCUUGGGCCAUGUCACGCCCACCACGGCGGUGUCGGACCAUUCCAUGGCCUACGGCACCACCUCCACCGCCAACACCUCCACCAACCUGGAGGCGUUCUUGAACCAGACGUUCAAAACAAACGAGUUUGCCCACAAGCAGCACCAGCAGUUCGACAAGUUCUACCCGCCACAGAACCAGCCACAACCACCAGCCCAGUUCCUCGGAGCCGCCCACCCCGUCCAGGCGUACGCCUCCGACGGCCAGCUGCCGCUCAUCAUCACCACCGACGAGACAGGCCAGAACAUCAACACCCAGUCCCGCAACAGCCAGCCCAAGGGCAAGUUGAAGUUGACCAUCUUGGAGACCAGAGACGUGGAUGCAGCCCAGCCUUACAUCGUGUGCACGUUUGAAAGCUCGGAGUUUGUCACCAACGCCCCCAGCUCCUACGGCAAGUCCCCCUCCAACUCGCCAUUCAAUGGCCACAAACAACAGCCCCCAUUAAACGGCAACUUGAACGCACAUUUGCACAACUCCAACCAUCCUGCGUCUCGUGCCCUUCCCAUGAAGAACUCCAACCGUCCUGCCAUGUACCAGCGGCAAUCGUCGACCCAGCACCUCCAGUUGUAUUCGGAGCCUUCCAACCCCGUCAUCAACCACGAGGCCUUUUUCGAUGUGGUGGGCUCCAAGUCGGAGUUAGAUAUUUCGGUCUAUGAUGCCGCAAGAGACGAUUCCUUCUUGGGCCACGCCAGAAUCUUUCCUUCCACCAUUGCCAAUAAGAAGUCACAGGGCGAGUGGUUGCCAUUGAAGGCUAGGGUUGUUGGCGAACGCGUGUCCUCGGGCGCUGUUAAGAUCAGUUGGGAAUAUACCUCGUUGGACAACAAAAAAUCGUAUGGUCCGGAUGAUUUCGAGGUCUUACGUCUUUUGGGUAAGGGUACUUUCGGUCAAGUUUUCCAAGUCAAGAAGAAUGACACUGAUAGAAUUUAUGCCAUGAAGGUGCUUUCCAAGAAAGUCAUUGUCAAAAAGAAAGAAAUUGCUCACACCAUAGGGGAACGUAAUAUUUUGGUUCGUACAUCAGCAGCAGCCUCUCCGUUCAUUGUUGGUCUCAAGUUCUCUUUCCAAACACCAACGGACUUGUAUUUGGUUACUGAUUAUAUGUCUGGAGGUGAAUUAUUCUGGCACUUACAAAAGGAAGGAAGAUUCGCCGAAGACAGAGCCAAAUUCUAUAUUGCAGAAUUAGUUUUGGCCUUGGAACACUUACACGACAACGAUAUUGUCUAUCGUGACUUGAAGCCAGAAAACAUCUUGUUAGAUGCUAAUGGUCACAUUGCUCUCUGUGAUUUCGGUUUGUCUAAGGCAAACUUGAACAAUGACGGUACAACCAACACAUUUUGUGGUACCACGGAAUACUUAGCCCCAGAAGUUUUGCUUGAUGAAUCUGGAUAUACCAAGAUGGUUGAUUUCUGGUCGUUGGGUGUGCUCAUUUUUGAGAUGUGUUGUGGCUGGUCGCCAUUCUACGCUGACAAUACUCAACAGAUGUACAAAAACAUCGCCUUUGGCAAGGUCAGAUUUCCAAAGGAGGUAUUGAGUCCCGAAGGUAGAUCUUUCGUGAAGGGUUUGUUGAACAGAAACCCAAAGCAUAGACUAGGGGCCACAAAUGAUGCAAGGGAAUUGAGAGCUCACCCAUUUUUCAGUGACAUUGAUUGGAACUUAUUGAAAGCCAAGAGCAUUCCUCCUCCAUUCAAGCCACACUUGACUUCCGAAACCGAUACCUCUAAUUUCGAUCCCGAGUUCACCUCUGAGUCUACUUCGGUGUUGAAGAAGCAAAUGGAAAUGGCAUCGACCCCUUUGUCUCCAGGAAUCCAAGCUAACUUUAAGGGAUUCACAUAUGUGGAUGACUCUGCCAUGGAAGAUCACUUUGGUAAGUCUCACAGAAUGAAUACCUUCAAAAACCCUGGCUCAUUUAUUCCAGGAAACCCCAACUUACCACCGGAUGAGGAUGUUAUAGAUGAUGACCAAAUCGACGAAGAAGAUGAAAUGGAAACAGACGAGGAUCAUCAUAUGGAUGACGAAGAGUUUGUUAAUGGAAGGUUUGACUUAUAG